AUGAGUGCUAACUACCUCAUCAGCAAGGAGGGACAUCAAUACCGGCUGGUGGAGGAACAGCUUAUGGCUUGGGAUUACAACUUGGCAUACUGCGGAAGCACUUGCUUUAUCGAGGGUGACGGCUACAUGGAGACUAAAGGCCGCAUCAAUGAGUUGAAGUCGUAUUCAGUCUCCAUCGCGUUGGAGGGCGACGGUACGGUUGAAUAUGAAGAAGAGCAGUAUCAGAGUCUCAUCAAGCUGCUGCGUGCCAUCAGCAAGACUUGGCACGUGGACCCCUGGAACGUACUCGCGGCGGGUGAAGUGACGCAGGAACCGCCUGAGGAGGAGAAGCUUCAGCCCGGUAAGAAGUUCGACUGGGGCCGUUUGGUGAAGGAGAACUUCUCCUUAGGAAUUGAGACUGGUGCCGUUCAGGACGCGCGCCAUGCAGAGCAGGAGAACUUGGCGGAACGCCUACGAGAGUGGGGCUAUGAGUUUGGCCCGAAAGGUCCUGAAGAAGCAAUUCACAACACGAUGUUCAGACGCCGCCUGAAGCAGUUUCAGCACCGCUACAUCCCUCUGGAAGCAGAUAGAGGCUGCGAUUUGGGUGCCUCGCUCAAGUCGGUUGAGCUGCUUUUGCGGCAACGGGCAGAGCAGCGAAAGGUCUAG